AUGGUGCCCCCGCCGUUCAAUUUUCAGAAGUGGGUAGAAGACAACAAAGAGCUUCUUAAGCCGCCUGUAGGAAAUAAGUGUCUUCUCCGCACGGAUGGAUACUUUAUUAUGGUGGUAGGCGGGCCUAAUGAGCGUGCCGACUUUCACUAUCAGCCUACUGAGGAGUUAUUCUACCAAGUAAAAGGCACCAUGUAUCUUCGCAUUUUGGAAGAUGGAGAGUUCAAGUGCAUCGAGAUCAAAGAAGGGGAGAUUUUCAUGCUACCUUGUACGUGGAUUCCUCUUUUAAUGCUUACUCCAGCCUAUACCAUGCACUCACCCUACCGCUUACCCGGUACUAUUGGCGUCGUUCUGGAGAGGACGCGAGAGCUUCCUGACAAAAUGUUUUGGUACUGUCCGAACCUGUCAGCACAUGAUAAUAAACCAUUUUUGCUUCAUGAAAUGCAGUUCCAAAGCAAGAACAUCUUUGAAGAACUUCCAAUCUGCCUAAAGACAUGGGAACAUACGGAAUCGCUGCGUGUCUGCAAGGGCUGUGGCUAUACUGCUGCACCUCUGGAGUCUCCCUGUAAGGUGCCUACGCAACAAUGA